AUGUUGUCACACUCAAUCGUGUUUCAGUUCGCACUCAUAUGUGGUGUGUUGGUGUGGGCAGUAUCAACCGAAAACUACGUCACCAAGUACGAUAACAUAAAUUUGGAUGAAAUUUUCAACAGCGAUCGGUUGAUGAACAAUUACAUGAAUUGCUUGAAGAACGUGGGUCCGUGUACGCCGGAUGGAAAAGUGUUAAAAGAUAACCUCCCCGAUGCACUGAUGAGUGAUUGCGAAAAAUGCUCCGAAAAGCAGCGCAUUGGGGCGGACGAGGUGAUUGGGUUCAUCAUAGCCAACCGACCGGACGAUUUCGCGAUUCUCGAGAAACUAUACGAUCCAACCGGCGUGUACCGGCGGAAGUACUUGCGACCAGACGGAAAACGCAUCACCGAAAAUGACCUACGUGAUGGCGAAAACACGUUCGCUGCUAGUGGCGACGGAGCGAGUGCGACCGAAGCGCACGCAACCGAACAUAAUCUAAGCUUGUCUCAAGAUCACGGCCACGGCGAUGGCCAGCAGUUCGAGAGUGAAAACUGA